AUGGCCAGCGAAAAGAGAGGCGACCUCGGCAGCGUCCUGGUCAUUGGCGGCAACGGAUUCCUGGGCCACCACAUUGUCAACCAGGCGCUGUCCUCGUGGAACUGCUCGGCCGUCGCCUCGGUCGACCUGCGCUGCACGCGCAACAUCAACGACCGGGCCUCGUACCACGAGUGCGACAUCACCGACGCCGCCAAGCUGACGGAGAUACUCAGCAAGAUCAAGCCCGACGUCGUCAUCCACACCGCCUCGCCCGUGGCCAGCGGCGACAGCAAGACGGCCCACGACCUGUUCCGCAAGGUCAACGUCGGCGGCACCCAGGCCGUCAUCGAGGCCUGCCAGAACUCGGGCGUCAAGGCCCUCGUCUACACCAGCUCGGCCAGCGUCAUCAGCGACAACGAGAACGACUUGUACAAUGCGGACGAGGACUGGCCCGUCAUAAGGGGCGCCCAGCAGAAGGAGUACUACUCCGAGACAAAGGCCGCCGCCGAAGAGCUCGUCAUCAAAGCCAACCGCCAAGAGCCCUCCAAGCUGCUCACCACCUCCCUCCGCCCCGCGGGCAUCUUCGGCGAGGGCGACGUCCAGACGCUGGCCGGCUUCCUCCGCGCCUACGACAACAACAAGUCGCACGUCCAGCUCGGCGACAACACCAACAUCUUCGACUUCACCUACGUCGGCAACGUCGCCCACGCGCACCUGCUCGCCGCCCGCCUGCUGCUCGCCACCGCCGCCUCGCCCAUGAUCCCCCUCAGCCACGAGCGCGUCGACGGCGAGAUCUUCUUCGUCACCAACGACUCGCCCGUCUACUUUUGGGACUUUGCGCGCGCCGUGUGGAGGGCGGCCGGCAGCGACAAGGGCACCGAGGGCGUGUGGGAGAUUUCGCGCGGCAUGAGCAUCGCGCUCGGGGCUGCGAGCGAGGCCUUCUUCGGCUUGAUCGGCAAGCCGCCCACGUUUACGAGGCUGAGGGCCAUGGUGUCGACCAUGACGCGCUACUACAACAUUAGCAAGGCGAAGAGGGUGCUGCGGUAUGAGCCGCUGUGGACGCUGCAGGAGGGCAUCGAUCGGGGCGUGGGAUGGUUCAUGGAGGAGAGGAAGAAGGACGAGGCCAAGAAGGCGCAGUGAGAGGGCGUGUGAGGAGUGAGUGUUUGAAACGUGGUUGAGUAUAUAAAAGGAGGUGGGAAGGGGUUACCCAAUUCUGGAUGAGUGGCACGAUUUGGAUGCGCAUGAAGCAAGGUUAUUUAGCCGUGUGCGUUGACAUAUAAGCACAUCAACAUAUAUCUUAUACAUUAAUACAUAUCCCC